AUGGGUUCAUUGAAGCAGAAAAGAGAAACCCUAAAGGAAGAGGAAACAUGGUUUGUAGAGAAGAGUUUUUUAGUUACUGGGCGUGAGUGGGUUCGAGGGCGGAUUCUCGGCCAAGGCGGAUUUGGGUCGGUUUAUUUGGCCUCUGUGAAAAAACCCAAAUUGGGUAGCGAGGGUUUUCCGGCGAUCAUGGCUGUGAAAUCGGCAUUGAUGGCUAAAUCGUUUGAGCUGGUGAGCGAAAGGUCACUUCUUGGCGAGUUUCGUGGGUGCCCUUUUGUUAUCGACUGUUAUGGAGAAGAUUUCACGGCUGGGAUUGGAUAUAAUUUGGUAUACAAUGUGUUCUUGGAAUAUGCUGAUGGAGGAACAAUAGGGGAUUUGAUAAAGCAAUCUGGGGGCUCCGGGCUCUGUGAAUUACAAGUGAGGAAGUAUACAGAGUCGAUUUUGAAAGGAAUUCAGUACAUUCACGGAAGGGGUUUUGUGCACUGUGAUUUGAAGCCUGAAAACAUCUUACUUGUGACCUCUGGUUCUGGUUUUGUGCCCAAAAUUGGGGACUUGGGACUGGCAAAGAGGGCUGCGGGUGAGCGUUCUUGUAGAGGCACUGCAAUGUACUUAUCUCCUGAAACUGUGCUUGAUAGCAUUCAGGAGAAGCCUUCCGAUAUUUGGGCAUUGGGCUGUGUUGUGCUCAAGAUGCUCACUGGGAGGCACCCAUGGGAUGCGAAAGCCGGCGUGAAACUUCAUGACCUAAAGCCUCUGAUUGCUUCCGGAGUUCCUAAGGUUCCUGGUGGGUUAUCAGAAGAUGCUAGAGAUUUCUUGAAGAAUUGCUUUGCGAGGAACCCUUCACAGAGGCUUACAGCAGCUAAGCUAUUGGACCACCCCUUUGUGACUAAAGUUGAUGAGAUUGCACAGGUUAAAGCUGAACCAAUAAAGGAAGUUUCUUCAGUGCCAUCUUCUUCGAAUUGUGGUCUUGAUUAUGGUAGUUUCAUACCACUUGGUAGUUGGAGCUCUGAAAAUACAGAGGAGAUGGAGCAACAGAUUCUUCCUUUGGCCAUCAUGUACCCUGGAGAUUCAAGGCCUGUGAUCCCAAACACUGGGUGCCAAAAGCCAUCAGCUUUUGCUAUAAUGGGUGCAGCUUAG